AUGCCGCGACAGCUGCCUGGUUCAGAAGGCCUCCCUGAAGGUUCCUCUGGGACACAGACAGGGAAGCGCAAACAAAAGGAGAAGAAUGGAACUUCCCAAGGGGCCUCAAAGGUCAGAAAAAUUGGAAAAAGCCCGGGCCUAGAUUUGGAAGACCAGUCUUCGUCGUCUGCCGGUAGUAAACGAGCCAAGUCAAGACCUCGACCAAGCCUGAAACAGACAACGACUGAAGUUGUUGAAUGCAGGACCGAAUGGCCCUCGUCAUUCACCGCCCUUAAUGAGACUCAUCGUGCUCUCAAUCUAGUGUUCACGUUCUGUUGCACACGGAAGCACUUGGCCACCACUUUUGAUACGAUUAGAACUGCUGUGGAGAGCCAUAUCAAACGACCACUGAAAAUCGAAGAGGUGGCGUCGAUCGUUGCCUUACGACCAGAAGGAAUCAAAUUCACCUAUGUGGACGAAGUCAUGCUUGAACUAGAUGUGAAAGGGUCGGAGAGAGAUGAUACUUUCAAGUCAUCAAAGUCAAUCCGCACUCAGGUCCCCGCACAUGACUCCUCUGUGGGGGGUUGGUCGGGGAAGGAGACCCUUGAUACAUACCAUGAACGGCAGAUUGCGCCGAGCGGGAAAGAAGUUCUCUUCUUCGAGUUCAUUGAUGGCGAAUUGAAGCGCCAGGUUAUGGACCCGAAGACUGGGGAGCCAACCAAAGCAACCCGCAAAUUGCGAGAUGAAGAGCUCAAGAUGCCUGUGUUCAGUCAGAAACAGAUGUUGCAGCUUAUUGAGCGGCGGAACCAAAAGUUUUCCAAUGCGAUAAGCAAUUUUCUCAACAAGUGCGAGGAGGAUAUGCUUGACCCGGAUAUUGUGUUGGCAGAGCGCACGAAGCAGUAUAUUCCCGUUGCAUCAUCAUCGCCAUCUGAUGAUCAAGCAGCCCUGGUUGCUUCUGACAUCCCCGAUCAUAUUCCUAAGGAAAGAAAACGUAUACCGGAAAUACUGGAAGAGCUUAAACAGAGCUCAUGGUACACGGGCCAAAUUGUCCCGGACGGACAUCGCGUUUUCGAGGAACAAGAACCUGUGUACGGAGAUCUCAACUUCCUCCUCAGCCAGGAUUUAGUGAAUGCACUUUACAACACGAAGGGGAUAACCAAGUUCUAUGCCCACCAAGCCGAGGCGCUCAAUAGCCUUUCUGAUGGCCACAAUGUUGUGGUGUCAACGUCGACAAGUUCCGGAAAGUCUUUGAUUUACCAGUUGCCGAUUAUCCAUGCUCUGGAGAGAAACCCUCAUGCGCGCGCAAUGUACAUUUUCCCUACCAAGGCUUUGGCUCAGGAUCAAAAGCGAAGUCUGAAGGAAGUCAUGUCAUACAUGCCGGGCCUGGAAGAUACUCUUAUUGAAACCUUUGACGGAGACACGGCGAUGUCUGAGCGUAGGACUAUUCGAGAUGAGGCCAGGAUCAUCUUCACCAACCCAGAUAUGCUCCAUAUUACUAUUCUGCCACAGGAAGAAAAGUGGAGGAUAUUUUUGCAGAAUCUGAAAUUCGUCGUGGUUGAUGAGCUGCACUACUAUAAUGGGCAGAUGGGAUCACAUGUUGCAUUCAUUAUGCGAAGACUCCAACGAAUUUGCACAGCGUUGGGAAACCGGAAGAUCAAAUUCGUGAGCUGCUCUGCAACGGUAGCAAACCCAAAAGAACAUUUCAGCACGAUAUUUGGUAUCCAGGACGUACGCUUGAUUGACUUUGAUGGGUCACCUUCCGGCCGGAAAGAGUUCGUAUGCUGGAACACCCCAUACAGGGACCCAGGAGACCCGGCGAGUGGGCGGGGGAGCGCUAAAUUUGAGUGUGCUCGCCUUUUCUGUGCCCUUAUGUUGCGAGGGGUUCGGAUAAUCGCUUUUUGUAGGGUGCGACAUCAGUGUGAGAAAUUGGUCAACGCCAUUAAACACGAGUUGCAGCUCAUGGGCCGGCCAGAGUGUGUCAAUCUUGUCAUGGGAUAUCGAGGUGGCUACACAGCAGCAGACCGGCGAAGAAUUGAGAGCGAAAUGUUCGAAGGGAAGCUGCUUGGGAUUGUGUCAACGACUGCUCUGGAGCUUGGGAUUGACAUCGGCUCUCUAGAUUGUGUCAUGACCUGGGGAUUCCCAUAUACAAUUGCAAAUCUACGACAACAGAGCGGCCGAGCUGGGCGACGCAACAAAGACUCUGUAUCGAUUCUGGUGGGCGACAGCUUUCCUACAGACCAGCAUUACAUGCAAAACCCAGACGAGCUAUUCACGAAGCCAAAUUGCGCUCUGCAAGUUGAUUUGGAGAAUAUGUUGGUUCGGGAAGGCCACAUCCAGUGCGCGGCAUACGAGAUGCCCCUUCGACCAAUGGAAGACCGACGGUACUUUGGCGAAGACCUCCCGCAGAUAUGUAAAGAAAGACUCGUUGAGGAUGAGACUGGGUAUUAUCACUGCCACGACCGGUUCCGUCCCGUCCCGUCCAAAUUUGUGGCUAUUCGAGAUACAGAAGAUGAACACUUUGCCAUCAUCGACAUAACAAACGGCAAAAACACAGUUUUGGAAGAGCUGGAGGCAUCGAGAGCUACAUUUACCAUCUACGAUGGUGCCAUUUUCCUUCACCAGGGAAACACUUAUCUCGUACGGGACUUCUUACCUGACAAGCACAUGGCCAAGGUCGAAAAGGUCAAGGUAGACUGGACAACUACGCAGCGGGACUUUACAGACAUCGAUCCUACUGAGACAGAAGCGAUUUCCAGAAUAUCCGGGUCGCCAUACCACGCAUAUUACGGGGCGAUCAAGAUCCAACAAAACGUGUUCGGCUUUUUCAAGGUGGAUAGGAAUGGGCGUAUUCUUGAUGCGAUUCAAGUGGACAAUCCACCCGUGAUCAGGUAUAGCAAAGGAGUGUGGCUCGAUGUGCCCAAGGUGGCACUGGACAUUCUCCAAGAACGGCGGUUGAAUUCUGCAGCGGCCAUCCACGCAGCCGAGCAUGCUAUGAUGAGCUUGUUGCCGACGUUUGUCGUCAGUAUGCCUGGCGACGUUCGCACGGAAUGCAAAGUCGCCCUCAAAGAGUUUGCAAAAAAAGAGACUCAGCGCAAGCGACCUGCACGGUUGACAUUCUAUGACGCCAAGGGCGGUGCAGGAGGGUCGGGGAUCAACACCAAAGCGUUUGAUCACAUUGAGCAUCUACUGAGGGGCGCGCUGAAGAGGGUUGAGGAGUGUCAGUGCCAGCGCGGCUGCGUAGAGUGUGUGGCUUCCGAGCUAUGCAAGGAGUCAAACGAGGUGAUGAGCAAGGCUGGCAGUCAAGUGGUACUGAAAAGCUUGUUGGGUAUCAAGAUUGAUAUCGAGGAGCUGCCAAUGGGGCCCGAAGACUACUCGCCGAUUGGGAUUGAGACGGUUGUGGCGCCCGAGCCUGUGCCAUUUAGAGGGCACCCUCCGCCUGAGGUGGUUACUGUGAAGGUCGAGGAUGAGGACUAA